AUGGAAAUCCCAGAAAUCCCAUGGCAAUCCCGGCAAUCCCAUGGAAAUUCCGGAAAUCCCAUGGAAAUCCCAAAAUCCAAUGGAGAUCCCAAAAUCCCAUGGAAAUCCCAAAAUCCCAUGGAAAUCCCGGAAAUCCCGGAAAUCCGAAAUCCGCCGUUUCCCCCUUGCAUGCUAGACAAUGAUUAAUUCUAGAUGGUUGAACAAGAACUGUACAAGUCUAUUCUUCGUUUACAAUUCAAAUGCCCAAUAUCAUUGCCUGGUUCGAACUUUUGAAUUGGAAAGAUAUAUUCUGAAUAAUGACUUCAUCAAUCUCUUUGUCAUUAAUAAGUCUAUUCAUAUACUUGCUGCAUAAAAUGAAGAGAUUCGUUAUUCAAUAAAUCAUGGCCGUAUCUUGUUCGUCAACUACAUUUAUUUAAUUGUAUUAGUAUAAAAAGUGUGAAUCGAUGAUAAUUUUCAUAUUAUUUUAAACUAUAUAAUUAUCAGAGAACACGACGUCCUCCAUUUUGAAGCAGGAUGGUUGAGAGCGAUAGUCAUUUUUAAUGUUGAUGCAAAUGAUUUGUGGAACGAUUUUAAAAGGAAAAUUGAUCGGAUGGGUCAUUCGAUAGAAGGACUUUUCUACACAUGAUGCAGAGAUAAUAUCAAUCGAGAAUUCUACAAACUAACUCACAAUUAGCAAUGAAUAAAUUGAAUUUCUUCAGUUCCUCUGGACUUAAAACUUGAAAAGAUAUUUGUCGAAAGUCUGAUUUAUUUGACUCGCGUUCAUACCCACUUAUCUGCCAGUAGUCAGAUGAAAUUUAUCUAUCUGUCUAGUUCAGUUUGUGAUCUUUUUUCAGUAGGAUGUACCAGAAAAACUGAUAUUGUUAUCAGAACUCGAGUCUAACCGGUUCGGUUUUGGGCUGUGAUUGUUAUAGAGAUGCGAUAUGUUGAAUACAAAAAAGAGUAAUUAGCAAAGUAGAAUAAAUUCAUUGUUUUCUUUAUUUGUUACAUAGAUAGGCAACUAACGUGGAUUUAUUUUUAUUUUCACCUCGUAUUUUGACGAUUUCUAAUGUGAAAAUGAAAAACAUUCGAUAACUCAUACUACGUGAUUGCAUCUUGUAUAACGAAAGUUCAUUUUAAAACUCUGCACUAAUCUAUGUAGUCUGAUUGCAGGACGACGAACCUUUAAUUGACAAAGAAAAAACACUUGAUCAGAGAACAACUCACAGGAACGUUGUUUAUUCAGAUGUUCAAGAAAUUAAAAUGAAACCAGAAAAGAAUAAAUUCAAGUUCGGAUAGUAUCGAUGGAGUUUGAAACAGAUAACAGUGUAGCAAUCUUGAUGAUGCAGUUUCAUCGCAGUCAUUCUCAUAUAGUUGUAAAACAAGUGUCGACAUUCUUGACU